GCGAAACAGUGACUCAGAUUACAGCGAUGGGGAGGAGGACUUUUACUACUCAGAGAUUGAAGUCAACAUGGACAGCCUGACGGAGGGCUUGUCCAGCCUCACACCUACCUCCCCCACCACGGCCGGUCCUCCGCCCGUCUUCCCCCCGCCGCUGAGCGACGUGUCCCGCUCCGAGCACACUAGCGUGGACGGCUCGCAGAGCCACACCUCGUCACUGCUCAGCCAAUCAGCUCCCUCCACACUCUGCCACAUUCGCACUGACCACGCCUAUCAGGCCACCGCUCCAGUGAGUAUCCCAGUGGGUCCUGAGCUGGCUGGGAUAGGCAGUGGUAAUGGGAUCGGGCCUGGAACUGGGGCUGGGAAUGGCAUCAGUGUGUCUUGGCAGUCCCCUCCUGUCAUUUUUAAAGGCGUCCCGGGUCCCGUGGCUCAUGUUCGCACCGUUAGCAUUGGUGAAAAACGGCAGCCAGCAGCCAGCACACACACCACUGUUAACAAGAACCACGCUGUAAUAACGCCGGCAGCUAAAGCAACACCAGGAACCAGGAAACCCCGCGGGGAGGCUAAGAAGUGCCGAAAGGUGUACGGCAUGGAGAAGAGGGACAUGUGGUGCACAGCCUGUCGCUGGAAGAAAGCCUGCCAGAGAUUCACCGACUAAUCCGAGGCGAGCUCCUCGGCGCGGCGGCGAGGCCAACUCUUCCCACGAGGAGGCGAUGCUUCUUCUGGGCCAGCAGGGAGAGCGGGGGGAUUGCCUGAUUUUUCUUUUUUCUUCUUGUUGUUGUUUCCAACCAGCAUAAAAACUGGUGUGUAAAAAAAACAAAACAAAAACCUUAUGCAGGUCUGGAGACUUUUUUUCUACGACUGAGACAUUUUCCACUCAACAAAAUAAGGAAAAACGACAAAAGAUUUAGGUUGUGAACCUUCUGAUCAGAUUCUUUUUAUUUUUCACCUGCUUCGACUCAAAGCAGCGUUCGAAGGCUGCUGAUAAGCUUUUUGAUACGCUCUGUUUGGUGUAAAAGCAUCAUGGAAGCUACUUUUUGUGUGGCAGGUCGUGAUGCUUUCCUGGAGGUUCAACGUUAACGUUGGAUGUGCUCGGUUAUUCCGCUGCAGCGGAUCUGUUUCUCAUUGCCGCUCGUUGAGGGACUUCAUCAAAUUUACCAAAUGCAAAAAAAGAAAAGAAAAAAAAACAAAGGUUUUGACCUUACAGUCUCAUAGCCAAACGUUUGGGUGUCUCCUGCAGUCUUACUGGAUACAGACUGUCUGCGACUCGGAGCACACAARCAACUUCUUCAUGCUAAUCCAGAACCGCCUGCCACAGUUGUUUCACGUUCACAAAGCUGCAUUAAACCAGAACAAAUGGUACAAAAAGUUUCCCUUUGACGUUCCAAAAACAUUCAGAGAAAUCUACAGUUUAAUUAAAAAAACAUAUAUAUAUAUAAGCCCCCAUAUUCUCAUAUAUGCCUGCCCCCCCCACCCCCCACAGAUCACUGUAAUCUAUAUAUGCAUAUGAAAGCAGAUAUCUAUUUCAUUAAUAUAGUUUAUUUUCAGCAAUAAUUAGCUGAAUCAACUUGCAUUAGCAUUGUGCAAUCAGAGGAAUGACAGCAUUUAAUAUUUUAUUUCUUGCUUAGUYGUCAUUGAUAAGUUGAAGCAGAAUUUGUUUUUUGUUUUUUUUCAGCUAAUGUUCUUAAAAAGAUUGCCACAAUUUGUGAAUUCUAACUGGCCUUUCCAAUUCUAACUUGACCGUUUGACUGAUGAUAAUCACGUGUAAGAAGAUAACGCCCAGUUUGCAUCCCAACAAAUCGGAUAUGAUCAUUUUUACUGUUUUUAAAUGGAGACGUUGCAUCGCCAUGUUUGGAAUACUCCCUAUUAUUAAACAUGUGUGUAAAUAAUAGGAACUGCACAGGGCCCAAGAUGCUUUACCUGCUCAACCCUUGAAAGUGAUAUUUCACUCUAGUGCAUCAGAGGAAAGCAAAUCAAUCGAAUCGAGUCUUUGCAGUGAGCCGUGCACUGACUGACUCUGAGAGUAGCCAAGAUUUCUAAACAAAUGGAGUCUUACAUCUUACAUCGUGGAAUAAGGCCGUUGAGAAAAAWUUAUUUUAUAGAAAGGCCAAAAAAAGGAGGCCAAAGUUUACAAGUUGUAAAUAAACUAUAUGUGGUAGUAUUUAGAGACCUUAUUAUGUAAUAUAUCCCUUUCAAAAAUGUCUUUGGCUAUAUUGGCUAUUCUCUUUAUUGAUUCAGUUACAGAAAGAAAAAUAAAUUUAAAUGAAUAAGCUGUCCCCUCUUUAAAAGUUACCAUUCUUAAAUUGUAAAAUGUUUAAAGUGAAAAGCACUUAACUGGCACAAUACGGAUGGACAACUCAGUGACGAUCUAAAUACCGGUAUUAACGGUAAAAAUCUAACAGACGUUAAUGUAGAGGUUAAGAGAUCCCGGACAGUUUUAUUAUUAGUGUUUUUUUCUCUCUCCCUCUCUCCUUUUUAAGUAAUAUUUAGGUGCUAUUUAGCUCCUCAGCAAUGACUCAACUAUAUGUUAAAUUACGUACACAAAUCAUGUUUCUUACGUGAUUACCUACUUCCAAGAAACUCCAUGCUUCAGUUUGUUUUCUAGAGCCCAAAAAUCACAGAUGAGUCAAAUUCUAACGCCCAUAAGACCUCGAAUCAAGCAUUAAAUAGAAACAACUUUUUUUAGUGAUUUUCUGAGAUGCAGUCAGUACUAUAGAUGUAUAUAUUUUUGAUGAGAUUCAGACCAGUGCUGUACAUUUGACCUGAUCUAAGUAGCAGUGUAUGACAGAGCGCCCGUACUUCCCUCUACGACAAUACGUCUCAACUGACUUCAAACCUCUGUCGUCGUACAAACACCUGUGGCUUUUUAAUUAAUUAUUCUUUUCUCCACAGGGUCACAUUUGCCGCCCGUCGUGUAGUCGACGAGCCGUCGCUUCUCGCUGGAAGCCGACGCGCAAAGUCGACAAAUCCAAACAAACGUUAGGCCGGCGAUGUUUCUUUUUUAUUUCAGCGGUGUUCCAGAUAAGCUAGGUCAGCAGGCCUCUUCCAGUCACCAAAUUCACCAAGUGCCAAUAAAAACCCGUAAGCAGGAAGGAAAAGGUAUACUGACUAUAUGAUAUUGCACUACGCUGCACUGCGUGAAAGCAUUUUUUUUUAUACGAGAACAUUUUAUCUUUACAAAAUUUUAAGCGAAAAAGGGUGUUUUUUGUGUAUAAAAGAGGUUGGGGGUGGGAGGGACGUUGAAUUACAUGUGGGGUGUCAGGGAUAGGGGGGUGCCGGGAACCUCUCAGGGGCUCCCCCUCUUGCCCCCCAUUGUGGGCGGGUGAUCCCAACAGCUACACACAGUGGUGCUGAGAGUUCUUGGUGUGUGGUACUCUGAAGUACAACGUGGUACUCAGCAGUGGUCCGUCACUCCGCCUUCCCUUGGAUCAGUGCCAAGGACUGGAYGCAGCGCCGGCCGGCCUUGUUGUUGAAGCGAUGGGGAAACACCGGUUACAGAACGUAGCUACACGUUAUCGUCUCGAUAACAGAAGAUGCUUUAAAAAGUGUUGUGUUGCCAGGAGUUCUUUUUUUCUUUAAAAUAUCCACACUUUUUGUACACACGUAAUUCUGUAAAGAUUUCUUUUCUUACAAAAGCAUCGUAUUCUUUGUUGUUUUUUUUGUUUUGUUUUGUUUUUUUGUUUUUUCACAUAUACACAGUUAUUAGUGCUGGAUACCACUUUUAAUUCCUGUACCUUUUUGGUUUUGGUCAUUGAUUGAGUUUCGAGCAGCCGUUGGGUGUCUCCCUSCUCAGUGGAAGCACCAGCAGGGUCAGAAACCAGAGUUGUUUUUGCUGGCAGAGAGUGAAGAUCGGGUCCUCAGGCUCUGUUGUGGUGCAGUUUGGGCCACUGUAACCAGGAAAGACAAAAACAAAACAAAACAGAAACAAAGAAGUGGGUUUAACAUGAUUUAAUUUUUAAUUUUUAUUUGUUUUUGUGCACAGAUCAUUUCAUUAUCGUUUGAACCUGCAAAAACAAUGGCUGUAGAUGGACGUUCGCUGCAGGUGGGUGUGCUGGGAAACAGGCCCACACAGAUGAUAGGUUUUGCAGUUUCAGGGCUUUUCUUGUACAUAACGCAGGAUAAAGAUCUGUCAGGCUUUUUUUUGUCAUAUAUUGUUUAUGUUUGUUUGAAACUAUUAUACGAAAAGGAAACUUUUUUUUACAUUACUUUUGCUCAAGUAUAUUUUCUUUCAUCUUUUAAAAAGCAAUUGAGAAGCUAUAGUGAACUGAUUCAGUGUAUAUUGUAGCUUAGAGGCAAAGGGGAGAAAAAGACAACUUGUUGAAUGUAAAACCUAUUAAAAAUCUUUUUUUUUUUUUUUUGGUUUAUAUAUAUAUUUUGUAGUUGCUGGCUAGUUUGUAUGACCUGUUGAGAAGCUGUAGUGUGUCUUUGUUUGGUUUCUGAUCUCUUGCCACAGACAGCUGUCGCCACACUGAACUCUAUGGGAUAAACUCAACCAUGCAGUAUUGCUUUACUAUCUUUGUGCAAUGACGACUAAUUACAGCGGAACAAGAACGCUCCUGCUUUUCGGUGACAUCCUCGCUCCCACUCUUUCCGUUCGUCUUUCAAACCCCCGCCAAAAAUACGAGUUUGUGUCGUUCUUCUCGUCGUGGAUGUUUGUGACUUCUCAGUCGAACAGCCUUUCACCUUCGGUCGCCACAGAAGUCGUUACUUAGUGGGAAUCCUGUUUUUUUUUUUCUCUCCUGCUCUGCACAUUCCAACAGACGGUGUGCUUUUUAACGUCCCACCCGUGCUUCCUGUUCACCUCUGCGGUUCUUCUCCCUGUUCUUUGCGCUCUCCAGCUUCACUGUGGUUCCACCCAAGCCUUCACCCAGUAUAUUAAGCUAAACUAAACCCUUGAAAUGUGCAUCAAAGAAGCCUUUUUCUUCAAUAUGUCGAAUUGAUGUGCUGCUUUUAUGAAUGUUGAGUUUUUUUUGUGUGUAAAACAGCAGCAGCAGCAAACCUAAUAGAUCCGAAUCAAAUGUUAUGCAUUGCAAUGGCAGCUCCACAUCUCUGCUCCUGUGCUUGUAUCGUCUGCCCAGGCGUUUUGUUUAUUCUCUCUCUCUCUCUCUCUCUCUCUCUCUCUCUCUCUCUCUCUCUCUCUCUCUCUCUCUCUCUCUUUUUGAUGACCAUUUCCUGUGUUGUGUUUUCGCCGGCUGAUGUUGGGGGAAAGAAACAACUUGUUUUUGUUUUUACUUUUCCCCCAUCGAUCGACUGUCCGAUUGAGUUUGAGAUUGUUUGCAUGUCUAGCAUUGCUCAUUGUUUUCCCUUUAUUUUUUUUUUCUUUUUGUGCACGUUUGUGUGUGCGUGUGUGUGUUACAAGAUACAACACUGAAGGUUUUUAUCUGUUAGAUUCCAUUUCUCAGUGUCCAAAAAUAAAUAAAUAAAUAAAAAAACUCGAGGCUGAUGUAAAGCUGAUCUCCAGCCUGACGCCACACUCAGGAUGAGUUUUUUUUUUCUUUUGUGGGAAACGUGACGUCAGCCUCGAAGUCUUCACUGGAGGCCAAGAUGAUUUUUUUUUUUUCCUUCCCGUUUGUGGGCUCACAGCUUCUGCUUUUAGUCAGCGGUCCCACACACACACACACACACACACACACACACAUGGAGGAAGCACUUUCUGAGCAGUGAUGCACUCAAGGAGUAUUUGUGUGAAUGUCAAGCCUUUGACUCGUGCUUGAAAAGAUAGAUGACCAUGUCUGAUGCUUAAAUGUGAUUUGUAAUGUAAUGUGACAGUAAGGAAAAUAAAGCUGAAUGAAAGAG